AUGGCCACUUCGGCUCCCCCAUCCCGCAUCACUCGCCCCAGCCUUCGAUUUUCCUUGGGCCUGCUGCUCGUUGUAGCUUGUCUCGCCUCAGGAACUCUGGCCCGGACUGAGACACACCACCCCCGCAUCCGGGUUCGCCGUGCGAUCGAUCUCGCCGGUUCGGAGGCCUCGAACCCCCGAGCGAUACACGACACAUCCGUCCAAGACCAACUGUGGAAGCGUGCAGACUCAGCAGCAAGCGACGACGAAGAGACCACCAAGACCAAGACUGCAACAAAGACCUCAACCAAGACCUCGAGUUCGGCCAAAGCCACAACCGAAUCUGAAUCCAAGGACAAGGCUAUCGCAACCGUCACCACCCUUACCAUCUCCAUCACCGACUCCGAAGCCACCUCGACAGCCGAUGUCACUUCUUCACCCCUUCCCGAGGCCUUUGAUGGAGAUCUCGAUGGCGAAUUGAACACCGAUGCCGACAGCAACUGCCCUACCUUCCUCGAUGGCGUUCUCGCUGAUCCUUCGUACGAGGCCUGCUAUCCUCUCUCCAUGAUGCUCCAGACAUCUCAGGGUUUCUUCAACGCCCAGAAGCAGCUACUUAGUGUCGUCAGAGUCCUGGAUGCCACCUGCGCCGCCAACGUCACCUACUGCACCGAGUUCUUUGACGCCGCCGCCGCGAAUCUGACAGCAGAGGCGAACUGCAAGAAGGAAUACAACAACGGCGACAGUGUCGUUAAGCAGUUCCUCUUCGGUCUCCAGGCCUACGAAAUGAUGUAUCAGGCUACUUGCCUCCAGGACCCUGAUGACGACAUGUAUUGUUACGCAAAUGCUGUCACCAACCUUACCACCGCCUCCAACGCCUACUUUUACUACCUCCCAUACAAUCUUACGCUUCCUGGCAGCACCGUUCCCGCGUGCAGCUGGUGUGUCCAAGAGACUAUGGCUAUCUUUCACACUGCCUCAGCCGAUCGAUCCCAACCCAUCUCCAAUACGUACGUAGACGCAGCCAGGCAGGUUAACACAAUAUGUGGCCUCAAUUUCGUCAACGGCAGUCUCGCUGAGGCGACAGCAUCUGCCAGCUCCAUUUUCAUGCCCUCUUGGACAGGCAUGAUCACCUCGGUCGUGGGAGCUGCCCUCAUCAACACUCUGUUAUAG